AAGUCGUGGUUAUUCUUGGUUAUGAGAGCCAAUCACGUUCCCCGCUGAAACCAAGAUUUGCAAGCAACGGCCAAUCAGCGUUCCCGGAUGAAACCAAGAUUCGCAAGCAACGGCCAAUCAGCGUUCCCGGCUGAAACCAAGAUUUGCAAGCAACGGCCAAUCAGCGUUCCCGGCUGAAACCAAGAUUUGCAAGCAAUGGCCAAUCAGCGCUCCUGGCUGAAACCAAGAUUCGCAUGCAAUGACCAAUCAGCGCUCGUAUCACUAUCAUGAACCUGUCUGCUAGUAACAACCAAGAAUUGACCAAUCAACGUCAAGAGCCCCCCAGAGCUUGCGGAUUACGACCGGAGAAACAUCUUCAGAUUUGCCGAGUAAUCAAAAUAAAGUAUAACGUUACAGUUUACUACAUCUUUACUACAACUUCGUACACAAUUCACAGAGCAAUAAAGUAUAACUGUAAGUUACUACAGCUUUACUACAGCUUCGUACACAAUGGAGCCUCGCUUCAGGAGACGGGCUGAUGGCAGCCUGAAUCUUUCGGACACACUGGAAGCAGCAAAGGUGAAGGAAGCCAACAAAGGAAAGCCUUACACAAGACCCCUGUCCCCGGAGGCUGUGCUGGACAAGGCCAAGAAAAGCUUAAGUCAGCACCAUGGAGAUCCAGCUAACAGAAAGCACCUGCUGGGUUUCUUUGAAAUCCAGUUUGGUAUCUUUCGUGGGCAAACAUUCAGGUGGGUUGCAGAAAAUGCACUAGGGUAUGCUGCUUACCUGGUUGCAUCUAUGAAGAGGGACCCCACAGGAGGCAGCAAAGACUCUCAAGAACAUGCCCACAACAAGGGGAGUUUCAGGGAGUAUAUUGAGCUCUUUCCUUCUGGCAAAAUUGCCAUUGCUAUGAAGGAAGAGCAAAAUGAUGCAAAAGCUUCCAAGCACGAUGCCCCUACUCAGCAAGCUGCACCCACCCAGCACGCUGCACCCACCCAGCACGCUGCACCCACCCAGCAUGCUGCACCCACCCAGCACGCUGCACCUACCCAGCACGCUGCACCCACCCAGCACGCUGCACCUACCCAGCACGCUGCACCCACCCAGCACGCUGCCACCACCCAUGCUUCCACUGCCUCUCUACGCUCCCUCUUGGUUGGGAAGUUGCCUGACCAAAGAACCCUGACCAAGACCAUAAAAAGGAUGGUUUCCCCCAUCAAAACCACACCUUCUUUGGCCCAGGCACGUGCACGACCCUCUGCCACCCUCACCCAUCCAACUGUGUCCAUUGAGGGAGCCACAGGGCCCACAGCCACCCUCACCGACCCGACUGUGUCCAUUGAAGCCACCGCAGGGCCCUCAGCCACCCUAACCCACCCCUCUGUGUCCACUGAGAUAGAUGACAGCACACUGCUGGCAGAGGCAACUAUGUUUGAGGAGGCACAUGUGGCAUCAAAACGAGUCUGUCUUCCAGCUGGAUGGAUACACACCCUGCCUGAAGUAGACCAAAGGUGGAUAUCCAAGGCCCUGUUCAGGUGGGCUGCACCAGGCCGUCCUGAGCUGAUCUAUAACAGGGUGGACAAACUUUGGUGGUAUCCUCCACCGGUACCACUGAAGACCAGUAGUGCUCCUUCCUUGGAGAAUUACUUUGGCCAUCCUCUGCUGCUCUGGAUGCCACGAAAGCUGUGGCAAUUGAAGCUGACCUGUCCACAUCCAGACUGUCAGAAAGACCUUCUGACCUCAGCUGGCCUGCAUCAAAAGAUCAGGGUCGUGAUUGCUUUGAAUAGUGUGUACUUUGUGGCAUCUGAGUACCUGGCCUGCCGAAGAUGUAAGAGAAAGGUCAUCAGCUGGAGCCAUGAUAUCGUCUCCCAACUCGACAUUGGCCACAGAGUGCAGUUCCCCUGCAUUCUAACCUCAAAACUUGCAUGUGACUUUCAGGUAGUAUGUUUGAUGCGUCAACGAGGCCUGGGAAACAGCAGCAGCCAGAUCCAGCGCAAGCUGCAGGAGCGUCAUGCUGAGGUCUGGUUGCAAAAAACAGUCCAAUAUCUUACAGAUUGCAAGGGGAUUGCCAGUGCUGUCACAUCAAGCCUGAUACUGCCUGUGACAUUUGAACCGCUUCCUCCAAUGCCUUCUGUCCCUAAGCACCGGUGGCUGAUGCAGGUCUAUGCCCAGGAUGUCCUGCAACGGCUGGAUGAGAUCAAGGCCGCUAUAACAUCACAAUAUGGUCGGAUCUUAAAAAUGGAUUCCACAAAAAAAGUAGCCAGAAAACUAGCAGGACCCAGCUAUGGCACCGCUGCCUGGGCAACCAAUGUUGGAAAUGAGCAUGGACAGGUGAUCAUGUCCGUGCUCACAGCAAGUGAGGGUUUUGGUCUUGGGCCAAUGAUUGAAGGCCUCAUUAGGAGAUACAGAGUGGCUGGGGUAGCUCCUCCCGAGGUACUGUAUGUGGACCGAGACUGCUGUGGCAACACUCUUCUGAGGAGGAUGUUUGAAGAGUGGGAGCAAAUGACCAUCCGGUUGGAUAUAUGGCACUUUAUGCGGAGAUUUUCUGUGGGUUGCACCACCGACUGUCACCCGUUAUAUGCCACAUUUAUGAGUCGCCUCAGCCACUGUAUUUUCAUGUGGGACCAGGACGACCUGACGGCCCUGAAGAUGGCAAAGCGUGCAGAGCUAGAAGCUGACUGGAGACCAUCAUCUGAAGCUGAUGUACUGCGCCGUAUCAGCCGUAGCGAGCUAGCCCUACAUUGCAGGAGAACCACUCGUGGGACCAAGGAGACCCUGACGAUGAUUGAGAGCCUCAUUCAGGCCUUUGAAGGAGAUGCUGGUCGUGACACUCUGGGAGUCCCUUUAAUAAACUCAGCCCGGAUGACUGAGAUCAUAAAGUCCCAGCGAAAGCAUGUGGCCUGCAUCCAGGAUCCUCAAGGUGUGCAGCUCUACAUGCAGACGGGCACUUUAAUGAAGGGAGGGCAUCGUCUGCCAACUUACCGCUGUGCCAGAGGUUCUACUUCGCUGGAGUCUUUUCAUCUGCACCUCAACAGAUUCAUCCCAGGCACGCUGGCAAGUGACACCUUUUUUCAGGCGUAUCUUUUGGAUGGACUUGCAAGGUGGAAUGAGGACCGGGCUGUGGCAGCAACAACUGAUGAGCAGCAGCCACAUUCCUAUAGUCAUCUUCUCCGUCAUGCUGCCAAUAUUCUUUCAGAGGAGGUCAUGGGCAUGAAAAUCAGCCCUUAUGUUGGGCCAAGAAAGUACACUGGUGAACUUAUCGGAGUAGAGUAUCUUUACCAGCAAACUGGUAAAGUUCUGCAGGACUACAGGUUGGCCAUUGAAGAGUCUGAGACCACUGAGGUUGCUAUAGAGGUGGAGGAAGCUUAUGAUGAACUUGAGGAGUUUCAAGACAUCACUGUCCCCACCUUUGACACAGAGCGGAUACCUUCUGCUGCUUCACAAGCAUCAGUGUCUGCAGCAUCAUCUUCAACCCCUCCGGCAACCAGACCCAAGUCAUCACUGUAUGUGUCACCAGUGAGAUCUCCUGUCACCAGCUCUACGUCAUCACUGUCUGUGGUCCCUCCAAUACCAGUCACAUCUUCUGUUUCCAGCUCACUGCACACUCAGCCAGCACUAUCUCCUGGCGCACAUAGCUCCCCAGGUAACCAAGGGUCCACAGAAACUGACCUUCCAACAUCUGAAGAGAACCCUUCGCAUGAUGAUUGUGUUGGACCCGAUAAUAUUGAAGGUUAUGGAGCUGUGCAGGACUUGGCAGAGUAUUUGUUCAACCUUAGAGAACACCGUCUGGCCUUAACUGGAGAAGAGUCUGAACAAAUCAUCAACCUAUGGCAGGCAUUGGGGGAGUUUGAUAAGAAAAAGACCACUUACUCGCCACGUCACCAAACCAACCUAAAACAGGGACGAUUCAGGGCCAGUAAGAAGAAUGUGGCACCAGGUGUGGAGAGCACCAGAAGGUGUUUCAUUGGGCCUCAUAGUCCUGCACAGAGGCCUGACUGCAACAGAGUGGUGGAGGGCAUCUUCAUAAGGCUCUGUGCUCUCUACCAAAACGCGGUGCGUGUUAAUGGAGAGAGGGUCACCCGCUUCACAAUGAUUGCACGGGUCUACAGACAUAUCCGAGAGUGCAUCCUCACCAAUGAUAGGGUGAUGAGAGAAACCACCAUCCAGCUUCCACAGAUGAACGCUUCAACAAUCUCAGACUGGUUCUCCAAGCGUGACAAGUCACAAGAUGUGGGGGUUACAAAGCAGGGUAUCAAUUUCCCAGAUGCACCCAUGGCUGGACCUGAGAAGCUUCCUGCGGCUUUGCAGAAAGGGCCGACCCUAUUUUCAGGGAGCUUGGCUGAGCCUCACCUUUUUGUCCUGCCAAGAAACACUGCUGGGGAGGCAAAACUCAAGAGGAGGUCACAACCUCCAGCCAUCACCCAGGCACCACCAUCACAUCAAAGACUCCCUAUCAUUGCACCAGCAAUACCCGUCUCUCUGCCUUUCAUUUUGCCCUCCCUGCAGCUUCCGACAGUUGUAGAUACAUCAUCUUCAGUGCCUGGAACUUCACAGGUGGUGUUCUUUAACGUACCUUUACCUUCUGCUAUGCCACCAUCAGCUCAGACACAAACAUCCAGUCAAGCUGUACCUUACUCCACUCAGCAGUACAGGAAGAGAAAACAGAUGAGGGAGGACACUGGAACUGUCACACGCAAAUAUGUGAGGAAGACAGAUGUUAUUCUUUGUAGAAAGUGCAACAAAGAGAGAAAGCCACCAUCACAUCUUCAGUACUUUGGCAACUGGUACUGCAAAGAGACUGAGACUCAGUCAUAUGCUGAAUGGAGGGCUGUGCUGGAGGGACGUGGUUAUGGGAAAAAAAAAACAGGAAAUGACAAUCCUCCAGCUCCUUAAAAAUUUCACAUUUUAUAUACACACUGUAAAUAAUACACACGCUAUACACACUGUAAAUAAUGUUAAGUUUACCUUGUUUAUGGUCAAGUUUUUAAUUGUUAUUGUUUAGGAUGACCUUUCAAAGUUGCACUACUGUGAUAAAUGUUUGUUUUGAUUUUUAAAAAAAAUUUAGUCUGACAUGUCAAAGGUGCACUGCAAAUUUUUGUUUUUGUUAUUAUUAUUAUUAACAUUGAUACGUCAGAAUUGCACUACUAUGUUGAAUGUUUAUUUUAUUAAUGUUUACUAUUUAUUAUGUUGACAAUCCUCCAGCUCCUUAAAAAUGUCACAUUUUAUAUACACACUGUAAAUAAUAUACACGCUAUACACACUGUAAAUAAUGUUAAGUUUACCUUGUUUAUGGUCAAGUUUUUAAUUGUUAUUGUUUAGGAUGACCUUUCAAAGUUGCACUACUGUGAUAAAUGUUUGUUUUGAUUUAAUAUUAUUUUCUUAGUCUGACAUGUCAAAGGUGCACUGCAAGUUUUUGUUUUUGUUAUUAUUAUUAUUAUUAUUAUUAUUAACAUUGAUACGUCAGAAUUGCACUACUAAGUUGAAUGUUUAUUUUAUUAAUGUUUACUAUUUAUUAUUUUAUUUUAAUAACAUUGCUGUUCUGGUUUUUUAUUUACCUUAAAAAUCUAUGCAAAUAAUAAAUGUUUAAUCCUUGCCCUCA